UAAGACAAAUACAUGGCGUGUACUCUCUAAUCGUUACUAAUUAGCUCUUUCCAGUUCGUCAUUAGGCCUAUGAUGAACAAUCUCAUCACGACGCAGCGUGACGCAUCCUAUACGAGCUAUGAAUUAAGAACAGCUUCGCCAGUUGCGUGUUACAUGCGUUACACCAAGUGUUCUAUCAAUUCGCGGCGGAAUGUAUUACUUCGAACCAGAGUUAAUAAAGAACAUAAUGAAGCAAUGUUAAAUGAUGUCGCAGCUUUCUAAAUUAUUCUGUUAAGACUCUUUAUGACGUUACUAAAAGAUUCAUUUUAACGGAAGUUGUCACUAUUUUGGCACAAGUAAUGUGCCAGAAAUGCACAGUAAUAUCUCAUGCGCUAUUUAUUUGAAAUAUAAUAAAAUCGUGGCGCCGCGCUGUCGUAACGCAUAUAGUUACUGCGGAAUAUUCGUGCACGAGGUAAUUCUUUGUCAUCUAAUGAAUCUACGAUUAGUCACUUCAUCGACCUUCACUUCACGCGUACUCGCCGAUCUUUUAUACCGUGCAUAAAUUUACCGCAAUAAGAAAAAAAAAAAGAAACAACGCAGUGUAUGUUGGUCCUGAGCGCAGAAUCGUAUCGCUCGUUACGAAACAAUUAUAAACGAUCGCGAAGAAGCGCGCAGGAAGAUUCGAUGAGAAGACGCAUCAUCCGCUCGUUUUUCGCAGUGAAAAUGGCAGAGGAAGGUGCGGGUGGAUCGGGAAACGGGAGCAGCGGCGAGACGAGCCGUUUGCAGCUUCUGCAAGAGAUGCGACAGCAGAACUUUGACACCAUACGAUUCGCGUCGUACCGCACCGCCUGCAAGCUGAGAUUCAUACAGAAGAAAGUGCAUCUGCACAACGUCGAUAUAUGGAAUGUGAUCGAGGCAUUUCGAGAGAACGGUCUGAACACACUGGAACCAUCAAGCACCUUGGGAGUAUCCAGACUCGAAACACUACUGUCUUCCCUGUUUCACGCGCUGAACAAGAGAGUACCAGUCUCGCAACAGGCCAAAGUUGACGCUACUACAGCAUUGUUGAUGAACUGGCUGCUGGCUGCUUAUACCAGCGGAGAGAACAAUAAAAUAUCCGUGUUCUCAGUGAAGGUAGCCCUGGCAACAUUAUGCGCGGGAAAGCUCAUGGAUAAAUUUCGAUAUAUAUACUCGCAAAUAUCUGAUAGUAAUGGACAUAUGAUACACUGGAGGUUCGCCGAUUAUCUGAAAGAGGUUCUAUCUUUAACCGCGGCGGUCUACGAGUCCCCGUCAUUUGGAUAUUCCGACGGUCUUGCUAACUCCAUUUUUCCCGCGAACUCCAAAGUCACCGUAAACGACUUCCUGGAUACGCUUAUGUCAGAUCCUGGACCACACUGCUUAAUCUGGUUGCCGUUAUAUCACAGAAUGGCGGCCGUGGAAACAGUUGCUCAUCCUAUUAUGUGCGAUGCUUGUCACAAAGAAAACUUUACCGGGUUCCGCUAUAGAUGUCAGAAGUGCCAUUCGUAUCAACUGUGUCAAGACUGUUUCUGGCGUGGUAAAGUUUCAGGAACGCACAAUAACGAUCAUGAAACGAGAGAAUAUAGUAGCUUUAAAUCACCAAGCAAGCAGAUUGGCCACUCUCUGCGAAAGAGCUUUAGAUGUGUUCCUGAGAAGGGAAAGAACAGUCUACCGCGAUUCCCGGAACAACCUGAGAAGACGCUAGAUCUAUCGCACAUAGUCCCACCGUCACCUUUACCAUCUCACAACGGUUUUCCAGAUCCAGGGUUUAUGGCUCCCUUUGAUUCAGGAUCGGUGGAUAGUCGUUCGACUCUGAGAAGUAUGGACAGUUCAAGACUGGACGAUGAACAUAAAUUAAUAGCACGAUAUGCACAAAGGUUGGCACAAGAAGCUAGGACCGUGCCUCGUACCGCGUCCAGAAUGUCCCAGGCAGAUCAAGCAGGUCGAGCACCGUCGGACGUGAAUCUGGCAUCGUUAGAUGCGUCACGGGCGCAGCGUGAGCUUAUAUCGCAGUUGGAAGCGAAGAACAAGGAGAUAAUGCGCGAGAUAGCAAGGUUAAGAAGGCAACAGGAGAUAGAAGCCGCGGGUUUAGAAAAUCCGGCGCUAAUGUCAGAAUUGCGAGCUUUGAGGCAGCGAAAGGACGAACUAGAAACGCAUCUGGCGACGUUGCAAGAUUCCAGAAGACAACUAAUGGUGCAGUUGGAAGGUUUAAUGAAAAUGUUAAAGAAUCAUCAAGCAUCGCCACGAUCAACACCAAACAGUUCGCCACGAAGUACGAAGUCACCGCCUUUGCCACCUGGUGCAAUACCAAGCAGCAGAUCAGCACCACCGACUCCCGGCGGGCCUUUGUCUACACCUCAACAACAACAGCAGCUGCAACAGCAACAGCAGCAACAGCAAAUGCAGCAGCAGCAAAUGUCGCAACAAAUGUCUCAGAGCUAUCAAAAUCCCAUACCGACAACAACAGUGGCUAACGUGCAAGGCAACGCUAUGCUCGGCACGAUACAGAAUCCCAUUCCAGAUAGCUUGUCGUGUGUUGGCGGCGAUGUAAGGUCUGCGUUCAGGACAAACAGCUUACCAGGGAGCGGUUCCAGCAGUGCCAAUAAUAGUUUGGGCCGAUCCUUAAGAAAUGACUUACUGGUAGCUGCCGACAGCGUUACUAAUGCCAUGUCAACGCUUGUGAGGGAAUUAAAUUCAGACGUGUUGUGGAAUGUGUGUGAUGCACCCCCCGUGAAUGUGUCCUGGUGGCUUGCAGACUCAGACCAGGAGGACCAUUCUCACAACUCGGGGCUAAUGAACAUCAGAAAACCGUUAGACUUUGAAGCCGGUGAGGAUGGCGAUGAUAGUAGCGGCGGUGGAAAUUCAUGGCGAGAGGAACUACAACGACGUUAUCAGCAGGAGAAUGACUUUUUAGCAGAAUUGCGAUCUCGUAACAGCAUACCGCAAACACCGUCGGCUACAUUGUCCAGCGAACAGGAGCAGGAGAGAGGCGAGAGAGAAGAGGCAGACGGUGAGAAGGAAGACGAAGAUGAAGCCAACUGGGCAGAAGCGGUGAAGAGAUGGGUUAAUCGAUAAACUGAUCCAACGAGAAGUAUCACAGAUGUUAG